AUGCUGUACUCGCUGUCCCUUCUGUUGUUGACGGCCUCGACUGCCACCGCUAGCUAUGCGGGCAACCUCAACUACCGCAGCCCCUCUUAUAACCACCCUGAAUUGGGAGUUUCGAUCCGCAAGGUAGCCAAACGGGGCGAGCCGACGUCGGCCUUUGACCCUGCUAAAUUGAACUUCACCCACGGCGUGGCUUCAGGUGAUCCCUAUGCUGAGUCCGUCAUCUUGUGGACACGAUGUGCCCCGGGUUUCGAUGAUGUCCAUGACAAUAGUACUACGUCUGGAUUGGUUCCUCUGUACAACCCUGUGCCUAUCUACUCGGGCAAGGACAAGAAGAAGCCAGUCUCCAAUGCGCCUGUCUGCCUGAACUACAAGGUCUCUCGGGAUGCUGGCAUGAAGAAAGUUGUUUCGGAGGGAACGGUGUUUACCAGCUCUGAUAUCGACUACACUGUCAAGGUCGAGGCAACCAAGUUGAAGCCGUUUACCACAUACUACUACCAGUUCAAUGUGUGUAACUCGAACAACAAGAGUCCGAUUGGGCGGACCAAGACUGCUCCUGCGCCUAAGGAUGACGUUCAUAACAUCAACCUGGCUGUUUUCUCGUGCAGUAACUAUCCCUUUGGUUUCUUCAAUGGCUACGGAAACCCCGUAAGAAAGGACUCUGUAGACUACGUUCUGCAUCUGGGUGACUACAUUUACGAAUAUGGUAAUGGCGAAUAUGGCUGGGGAAACAGUCUGGGACGCAUCCCCCAACCGGAUCGAACCAUUUUCACUCUCUACGAUUACCGCAAGCGCCUGGCAACUUACAGAACCGAUUUGGAUCUUCAGGCGAGCCACCAGAACUUUGCUUGGAUUCCAGUUUGGGACGACCACGAGGUGUCUGACAAUACUUAUCGCGACGGAUCCUCCAAACUCCACAACGAUGAGGAAUCCUUCCUGACGCAUGGCGGGGUGUCGGUUGACCAACGCAAGAUGAACGCCGUCCGUGCUUAUUUUGAGUGGAUGCCAAUCAGACAAGUUGAGAUGGAUGACAACCUUCGUAUCUGGAGAAACUUCCAGCUCGGUUCUCUCGUUGACCUUAUCAUGCUGGACACCAGGCAGUAUGAUCGCUCUAUCACCGACACCUACGACAAUACCGACUAUAUCUAUGAGAUUGCCAACGAUGCCGGUCGAACCCUGAUGGGUAGCCGCCAGGAGAACUGGUUCUACCGUAAUUUGAUCGAUUCGGCUAGGCGAGGUGCCCACUGGCGCAUUAUCGGUAGUCAGAUUAUCUUCUCUCGCCUCAAUCAGUCCAUUGCCAAUGCUGAACAUCCUCUCAACGUCGACGCCUGGGAUGGAUAUCUGGCCAACAAGAACCGCACACUUCAAACGCUCUACGACAACCAGAUUGGCAACAAUAUCAUGAUCGCCGGCGACUCUCAUGCCAACUGGGUGAGCGACGUGGCUUGGCUCGACAACAAGCCGUACGACCCCAAGACCGGCGCCGGCGCCAUUGGUGUUGAAUUUGCGGGGACUGCACUUACCUCCCCCUCGCCAUACGGACAGAACAUUACGAUUGCCAAUGCCAACGCGGCCUCAAAGGCCCUGGUCACUGACAAUGAAGAGCUCCACUGGUCUGAGCUGUACUACCGCGGGUACUUUGAGCUUCAUAUCACCCCUAAGGAGGUAGAAGCCCGCUUCUUCGGUCUACCCAACAUCAAGGAGCGUAACGGCGGCGAAAUCUCUCUUGCCAACUUCACCGUCAAGAGCGGUGCCAAUCAUCUGGAACGCAACUCCAACGGCGUGGUGGGCGGAGGCGCUGUGGCCAACGGAUGGCUCAAGAACGGGCAGCUGGUUCCUACCAACCAGACGAAUAACACUGCCACUGGUACUUAUUACGUCUAUGGGCAGCAGAUUGUGGCCCUGCUGCGCGAGUGCGCAGCGUGGCCCGAUGUCUACUUCUGGUCGCGAGAUACGACAGCUCGACUACGGCUAUGUGUGCGGAUAGCAACCGAGAUUGAUCACGAGUACUUGUCGAAGGAUAUCCUGCUGAGUCUGGGAGAUUUAUCGCUCUGCGCGGCCAUGCCUGUGCUUUCAACUCUGGCCCUAGUGGCUUCACUGGUGCCCUUGACGCUUUCGUCUCCUACCUCAGGGUCCCGGCAUUCCACACAGCUGAAACCACGAGAUUCUGCUGAUGGAUACUUCUCGCCGCCGUACUAUCCUGCCCCGAAUGGAGGAUGGCUAUCCAGCUGGGCAGAUGCUUACGAAAAAGCUCAGAGGGUGGUGAGCAACAUGACCUUGGCCGAAAAGGUGAAUCUGACCACCGGGACGGGUAUCUUCAUGGGCCCAUGUGCUGGCCAAACCGGGAGUGCCCUGCGAUUUGGAAUCCCCAGCCUCUGCCUUCACGAUUCCCCUUUAGGUGUGCGCAACUCCGAUCACAACACCGCAUUUCCGGCCGGCAUCACUGUCGGCGCGACCUUUGACAAAGACCUCAUGUACGAUCGCGGUGUGGGACUGGGAGAAGAGUUCCGCGCGAAGGGAAUCAACGUGCUUCUGGGCCCAUCAGUCGGCCCGAUAGGGCGUAAGCCGAGAGGAGGUCGCAACUGGGAAGGCUUCGGCGCGGAUCCCAGUCUGCAAGCGAUUGGCGGUGCGCAGACGAUCAAGGGGAUCCAGAGCCAGGGUGUCAUCGCUACUAUCAAGCACUAUGUCGGCAACGAGCAAGAGAUGUACCGAAUGAGCAGCGUCGUCCAAAAGGGCUACUCGUCCAAUAUCGACGACAGGACGCUCCAUGAGCUCUACCUGUGGCCAUUUGCCGAGGGGGUUAGAGCCGGAGUUGGCGCCGUCAUGGCUGCGUACAAUGAUGUGAACAGUUCAGCCUGUAGUCAGAACAGCAAGCUGCUCAAUGAAAUCCUGAAAGAUGAGCUAGGAUUCCAGGGUUUCGUCAUGACCGACUGGCUUGGGCAAUAUGGCGGAGUCUCGUCUGCCCUGGCUGGUCUGGAUAUGGCCAUGCCCGGCGACGGUGCUAUACCGCUUUUUGGUGAUGCUUACUGGGGCUCUGAGCUCUCACGCUCUAUUCUGAAUGGCUCAGUCCCGGUUUCGCGUCUGAACGACAUGGUCACCAGAAUCGUGGCGACAUGGUACAAGAUGGGCCAGGAUGGAGACUAUCCGCUGCCCAACUUUUCAAGCAACACACAAGAUGCGACUGGGCCUUUGUACCCAGGGGCUCUUUUCUCUCCAUCUGGCGUUGUCAAUCAGUAUGUCAACGUGCAGGCAGAUCACAACAUCACUGCGAGAGCAAUCGCGAGAGAUGCCAUCACUUUGCUAAAGAAUGAUGACGAUAUUCUUCCUUUGAAGACGAAUGACUCGCUGAAGGUUUUUGGAACGGAUGCCGGGGGUAAUGAGGACGGUCUCAACUCCUGCAGCGAUCAAGGGUGCGACAAAGGGGUGUUGACCAUGGGCUGGGGCAGUGACACGUCCAGGCUUCCGUAUUUAGUCACACCACAGGAAGCCAUUGCCAACAUCUCGUCCAACGCUGACUUCUAUAUCACCGAUGAUUUCCCCUCUGACGUUUCGGUAAGCUCCGACGACAUCGCCGUGGUGUUCAUCAACGCCGAUUCAGGGGAGAACUAUAUCACCGUCGAAGGCAAUCCGGGUGACAGAACCUCGGCCGGGCUGAAUGCAUGGCACAACGGCGACGACCUCGUCAAAGAUGCAGCGGCAAAGUUCUCCAAAGUCGUUGUGGUCAUCCACACCGUGGGCCCUAUUCUGAUGGAGGAAUGGAUCGAUUUGCCGUCGGUAAAGGCCGUGCUUGUGGCGCAUCUGCCCGGGCAGGAGGCCGGCUGGUCCUUGACGGACAUCCUCUUCGGUGACUACAGCCCCAGUGGCCAUCUCCCGUACACGAUCCCAAGCAGCGAAUCGGACUAUCCGUCCAGCGUGAGUCUGCGCUCGCAGCUCCUCGGCCAGAUCCAGGACACCUACACCGAGGGCCUGUACAUCGACUACCGCCACUUCCUGAACGCCAAUAUCACCCCGCGAUAUCCCUUCGGCCACGGGCUGUCCUACACCACGUUCAACUUCUCGCAACCCACCGUGUCCGCCGUCACCGCAGUCGACAGCGCCUACCCGCCGGCUCGCCCAUCCAAAGGCGCAACCCCAACCUACCCCACCACAAUCCCCAGCCCGUCGGAAGUAGCCUGGCCCGAGAACUUCAACCGCAUCUGGCGCUACCUCUACCCAUACCUCGACGACCCCGCCGGCGCCGCAAAGAACUCGAGCAAAACAUACCCCUACCCAACAGGGUACACGACAGAUCCCAAGCCGGCCCCACGCGCCGGCGGCGCAGAAGGAGGCAACCCGGCCCUCUAUGACGUUGCAAUCACCGUCAGCGUCAAAGCCACAAACACCGGCAAACGGCCGGGCCGGGCGGUCGCGCAACUCUACGUCCAACUACCCGAUACACUGGGCGUCGAGACGCCCUCCCGACAGCUGCGGCAAUUCGAGAAGACGCAGAUCCUGGCCCCCGGGGCGAGCGAGACCUUGACCAUGGAGGUCACGCGCAAGGAUAUCAGUGUCUGGGACGUGGUGGUGCAGGACUGGAAGGCGCCUGUCCAGGGCGAGGGAGUUAAAAUCUGGCUUGGGGAGAGCGUUUUGGAUAUGCGGGCUGUCUGUGAGGUUGGAGGGGCUUGCACAACUAUAUAA